CAGAGCACUGAACAGUAGCAAUUCAGCACUGGCACACUCGAGGAUCAUGAGUGACUUCAGCAUCGACUACAUACUGAACCGCGCCGGUGAUAGAUACGUCGGCACCAAUGCCUCAUUAGGAAUUCUGCAGCGGCUCAGAUACCAUCCCACAUAUCAUCCAUAUGCGCAGCCUGCACUCAAGGAACAGUUGCCAUCAACAACAGCCGCGUCCAUGGAUGACGGACCAAUGCCCAUGUACGAUUGGCUUCAGUACACACGUUACCAUCCGCCCAAGCUGCCACGCGCGUUGCGUCAGGGACCCGCAAAGCGCACACCUGGACGUCUGCCUCGUAUUCCGUUUACGCCCGCCCAGCUCCAGGCUUUGGAACGAGCUUACAAGGAAUCAAACUAUUUGAGUGCGGAGGAUGCUAACAAGCUGGCCGACUCAUUGGAGCUAACCAAUACGCGAGUGAAGAUCUGGUUCCAGAAUCGUCGUGCCCGGGAGAGACGUGAGAAGCGAGAAAAGGACGAGAGCUGCGACUCGACCUUCUCAUCCAACGCAUCUAGUCCAGAGCCGGAGCAGGAUGUGUUAAUCAUUGUAUGAAAAGUCCCUUGAGUCUUGCGCUUAAUGAAAAUAUUUAAAUUUGGCUGUUACUGUGUAACUUGUGAUUGUAUUUGGGUUGAUGACCUUUUGUAAAUAAUACAUUAUUGAAUACAUUUAUAAUUAUGAUACGAAGACAAUAAAUAGAUUUUAAGCAACAUUUAAAUUGUAUGAAUAUAAUCCACAAUUGAUAACACGAA